UUGUAGAGAAAGCCUGCCUGUCUGUGCCAAGGUGAAGAUGAAGUCGCCCAGACAGCAGUUAGCAGUUCCAGAUUCAGCCACCAUUCCUGUUGUCACCCGGAGAACAAAACGAGACUUAAAACCGGCUGCAUCGCGGGAGCGGCCCUGGUCAGCCAUCUUGUCUCCAGAAGACUACUCCUCAUCGGUUGUUCCCUCCCGAAGACACACCUCCAUCAUACCCUUCCAUGGCUCCAACCUGUCAAAGAGUAUAUCCAUAUCCAACAUCGCUGGUCACCAGGUGUUUGAUGACAUGCCUAUCAAGGGUCUGCGGUACCUGUCCCAUUCUACUGACUCUCUGUGCAAGACCAACCUGGUCAAUGAAUCUACAGAGUCACUCACAGAUGAAGGAACAGAGAUGAUUGACAGUCAGCUGAUGGGGGAGUUUGAGGCAGACCUGAAAGAGCUAGAAGCAGACUCCUGGAGCAACAUUAUGGACAGCAACUUCCUCAAACAUCUGAAGAAGGACGUCAUCAAGAGACAGGACGGGGCGGUUCCUAAGGGCAACGCCACCAAAGAGUACAUGGACAGUCUGCAGCUGAAACCUGGAGAGGUCAUCUAUAAAUGUCCCAAGUGCUGCAGCAUCAAGCCACAGAGGGCUCACCACUGCAGCAUCUGUAAGCGAUGUAUCCGUAAGAUGGACCACCACUGUCCCUGGGUCAACAACUGUGUCGGGGAGAAGAACCAGCGCUUCUUUGUCCUCUUCACUAUGUACAUAGCUCUGAUCUCAGCCUACGCCCUCUGCCUCAGUUUCCUACAGUUCUACAGCUGUGUCCAUGACCAGUGGAAUGAAUGCACUGACUUCUCUCCUCCUGUGGCGGUGAUGCUGAUGAUCUUCCUCUGUCUGGAGGCCUUCCUCUUCCUCACCUUCACCGUGGUGAUGUUCGGAACGCAGAUACACUCCAUCUGCAACGACGAGACGGAGAUCGAGCGUCUGAAGAAUGAGAAGCCGAGGUGGGAGCGGCGUGUGCGCUGGGAGGGGAUGAAGGCCGUGUUCGGAGGCCCGCCCUCCGUCCUCUGGCUCAACCCAUUCACCGGCCUGCGUCUGCGGCGCCUACUGAUGACACGUACAUGCCGUAGUGGUGUGGAGUUCUCUGUCUGAGGGCUGAGCAGCCCAAAACACAGCUCUUCCCCGUCUGAUACCCCGGACCUCUCUGGACCAUCUGUUACCCCCGGACCUCUUUGGACCGUUGGACACAUCAUGGGGGUUUUGGUGGUACCUUCUGGACUGAUAGGAUGGGGUGUGACCUGUAACUUACAUCAUGGAGAACAGCUGUACCCCCCCCAUUCCCACUACAGGGCGUCUCCUGAAGUCCCUGUCUCUCUGCUGAGACAGACCAACAGAGUGGAGGGGGACUAAGACUUCUGUCCUCCAGACAGAGAGACUAGGGCUGAAUAUGGGUCUGUAUCUGGGUCAGUCCUCCACACAGAGAGACUAGGGCUGAAUAUGGGUCUGUAUCUGGGUCUGUCCUCCACACAGAGAGACUAGGGCUGAAUAUGGGUCUGUAUCUGGGUCUGUCCUCCACACAGAGAGACUAGGGCUGAAUAUGGGUCUGUAUCUGGGUCUGUCCUCCACACAGAGAGACUAGGGCUGAAUAUGGGUCUGUAUCUGGGUCUGUCCUCCACACAGAGAGACUAGGGCUGAAUAUGGGUCUGUAUCUGGGUCUGUCCUCCACACAGAGAGACUAGGGCUGAAUAUGGGUCUGUAUCUGGGUCUGUCCUCCACACAGAGAGACUAGGGCUGAAUAUGGGUCUGUAUCUGGGUCAGUCCUCCACACAGAGAGACUAGGGCCGAAUAUGGUCGGUCGGUCCUGGUCCUUCCUGCCUCUGGCCACAACCCAAGUGUACUGACUACUGAUAUUAAACAGCCUGGACAUGGAGUCUAUCUACUGAACACAGACGUCAGUGCUUCCUCUGCCCUGAGCCUCGACGUACCCAACACCUGAACUAUGCCCCUGAUGCAACAGACUGAACAGGUUGCGCUGUGACCUGGACCAUGUUCAGUAGACUCAAAUGGGACAAACACAUUUAAACGGGGGAGGUACUACCAGAAUUUAGCUAAUCCGAAACGCUGAAAAAUGUAUUUUUGUUGUUUCUUUGUAUUUUGUCUCAUUGGUUGUUUUUCCUCCUUGUUUAGGAGCUGCUACAGUGAUUCCCAAGUCCUGUCCCCCCCUUUACCAAUGUUUCCCGACCCCAAGUCCUGUCCCCCCCAUUACCAAUGUUUCCCGACCCCAAGUCCUGUCCCCCCCAUUACCAAUGUUUCCCAGACCCCAAGUCCUGUCCCCCCCUUUACCAAUGUUUCCCAGACCCCAUGUCUUGUCCCCCCCCUUUACCAAUGUUUCCCAAGUCCUGUCCCCCCCCCUUACCAAUGUUUCCCAUACUUGGUCCUGGGCCCCCCCUUUACCAAUGUUUCCCAGACCCCAAGUUCAGUCCACCAUGUUGUUCCCCCUCAGCCCUCCUGACCUCCCUCAUGAUGAAGGCUUUUUCAGUCCACCAUUUUGUUCCCCCUCAGCCCUCCUGACCUCCCUCAUGAUGAAGGCUGUUUCAGUCCACCAUUUUGUUCCCCCUCAGCCCUCCUGACCUCCCUCAUGAUGAAGGCUGUUUCAGUCCACCAUUUUGUUCCCCCUCAGCCCUCCUGACCUCCCUCAUGAUGAAGGCUGUUUCAGUCCACCAUUUUGUUCCCCCUCAGCCCUCCUGACCUUCCUCAUGAUGAAGGCUGUUUCAGUCCACCAUUUUGUUCCCCCUCAGCCCUCCUGACCUCCCUCAUGAUGAAGAUUGUUUCAGUCCACCAUUUUGUUCCCCCUCAGCCCUCCUGACCUCCCUCAUGAUGAAGAUUGUUUCAGUCCACCAUUUUGUUCCCCCUCAGCCCUCCUGACCUUCCUCAUGAUGAAGAUUGUUUCAGUCCACCAUUUUGUUCCCCCUCAGCCCUCCUGACCUUCCUCAUGAUGAAGAUUGUUUCAGUCCACCAUUUUGUUCCCCCUCAGCCCUCCUGACCUCCCUCAUGAUGAAGAUUGUUUCAGUCCACCAUUUUGUUCCCCCUCAGCCCUCCUGACCUCCCUCAUGAUGAAGAUUGUUUCAGUCCACCAUUUUGUUCCCCCUCAGCCCUCCUGACCUCCCUCAUGAUGAAGAUUGUUUCAGUCCACCAUUUUGUUCCCCCUCAGCCCUCCUGACCUUCCUCAUGAUGAAGAUUGUUUCAGUCCACCAUUUUGUUCCCCCUCAGCCCUCCUGACCUUCCUCAUGAUGAAGAUUGUUUCAGUCCACCAUUUUGUUCCCCCUCAGCCCUCCUGACCUCCCUCAUGAUGAAGAUUGUUUCAGUCCACCAUUUUGUUCCCCCUCAGCCCUCCUGACCUUCCUCAUGAUGAAGAUUGUUUCAGUCCACCAUUUUGUUCCCCCUCAGCCCUCCUGACCUCCCUCAUGAUGAAGAUUGUUUCAGUCCACCAUUUUGUUCCCCCUCAGCCCUCCUGACCUCAUCUCUCAUCUCUCUGCUGAUUUAGUUGUCUUCACAACAGAGCCAUUGUGACACAGGGUAUUGAUGAUCGUCAAACAACAGUUUGUUUUAUGAGAUAUGAGUACCCUAAUCAAUACAAUCAUCAAUCAUGCAAAUAUCCGCCAUUGAUUAAUGCCGUAUAUUUUUAACUGUAUCCGUUUGAUUUAUGAUUGUAGAUAUAAUUUGUUUUAAAAUAAAGAGAUUUAGUCUGUGAACAA